GAGGAACUCCGGCGUGACGUCAGGGCUGCUCCCGACGGAGGGAAGCGAGGAGGCGAGGCGAGAGGCGAGGCGAAGGGCGAGGCUGCUGCCGAGAAGCUGAGCGGGGGGGAGCCCGAGACGGGGCCGAGGCGGGCCGGGAGCUCCGCGGGGCGCCCGAGCUGCUGGAGACUUGGGUGUUCGCAGUGGCCACCCUGCAGAAACAAGAAAAUGAUGAGCGAUGCAAGUGAGAUGCUGGCUGCAGCUUUGGAACAAAUGGAUGGCAUUAUUGCAGGCUCCAAGGCUUUGGAGUAUUCCAAUGGCAUAUUUGAUUGCCAGUCCCCAACUUCUCCAUUCAUGGGGAGCCUGCGAGCCCUGCAUCUGGUGGAGGAUUUGCGAGGCUUAUUGGAGAUGAUGGAAGUAGAUGAGAAAGAAGGAUUGCGGUGUCAAAUCCCAGAUUCAACAGCAGAGAUUUUGAUUGAAUGGCUACAGAGUCAAAUGAUCAAUGGGCAUAUAUCGACUAAUGGAGAUGUAUAUCAUGAGCGACUUGCACGUUUGGAAAAUGACAAGGAAUCUCUUGUUCUGCAAGUGAGUGUUCUUACUGACCAGGUGGAGGCCCAAGGAGAAAAGAUCAGAGAUUUAGAAUUCUGUCUAGAAGAGCACAGGGGAAAACUGAAUGCCACAGAAGAAAUGCUACAACAGGAGCUUUUAAACAGAACAUCCCUUGAAACUGAAAAGCUGGACCUUAUGGCAGAAAUAUCUAAUUUAAAGCUCAAGCUGACGUCUGUGGAGAAGGACCGAAUAGAAUAUGAAGACAGAUUCAGAGGCACAGAGGGUUUGGUACAGGAAAUUCAUGAACUGCGCUUGAAAGUAGGAGAGAUGGAUAGUGAGAAACUUCAGUAUGAAAAAAAAAUUAAAUCUACCAAAUCUUUAAUGGCCAAACUUUCUAGCAUGAAAAUCAAAGUGGGCCAGAUGCAAUAUGAAAAGCAGCGGAUGGAGCAAAAAAGCCAGAUGUUGAAGGAAGAGCUAGCCUCUUUAAAAGAAAAACUGGAACAGAAGGAAGCAGAAAUAGAACGGCUCCGGGAGAAACUGGCUCACCGGGUGGAAGGUGAAGAGGUUGACCUCAGUGACACAGAUAUUGAGGUCCAGAAAAUGAAGAAGGCUGUGGAAUCUCUAACGGCAGCAAAUGAAGAGAAGGAUCAGAAGAUUGAAGAGCUUCAACAGUCUCUCACUCGAUAUAAGAAAGUGCAGGAUAUGGUAAUAUUGGCUCAGGUCAAAAAAGGCAAGGAUGAUGAAUACGAGGAGUCUGCUAACUUGGGAUCUGUUCCAGCAACAGAUUUACAAAAUCUAACAGAAUCGGAGAAAUGUCCGUCUUCUAUGCCGGCAUCAGGCUCUCCAAACCAUGAAGAGUUUAGAACAAAAUCUCCAGAACAGCAUUCAUUCCAGAUCCACACCAGUGUCUUGCAAGUUUCCAUCCCUUCUUUCUCACCAACUUCCAGAUGCUCAGAAGCAUCGACUGAAAAAGAGAAAGCCCAAUCUAGGAUGGCAGAUGCAAGUGAAAUCAGACUAGGGGAAGAAGGAGACCCGGUGUCAUUGGAAACGAGUGGAGGCGAUGGCCAGGAAGACCGAGGCACCGACCCAGUUCCUGAGGAGGAGGAUCAGAAUCCCGACCCACGGGACGUUCUCCAAAUUAUGAGGUUGGAGAUGGUGGAGAUGGCUCGCAAUUUCUGCGAGGAAAUGUGGGCAAGUAGUGCAUUCAUGACCCAAGAGCCCAGCGCUCCCAAAACCAAGAAGCUGGAGGGAUGCCUGAGGGAACUGGUGAAAGGCAGCGUUGUUACCCCAGCACCUCGGGAGAAGAAGAUCAGCCUAGUGACCGAAUCGGAGGAAGAAUCCUGGGAAGAUGAGCCGAAUCUGCCCCUUCGUACAGUUUACUCCGAAGGGACCCUGGUGCAACACGUUUGCACCCUUGACCCCCAGCGCCGGACCCGAUACCUUUGGCUGGUAUCUCUGGCCAUGCUGCAGCUUAAAUACUUUCAUAUGUGUAUAGGAAACUGGAAAUUCCACCUAGGUACUAGGCAGCUGGCAGAGGUGUUCCCAAGAAUCUCCCUUCCUUGCUAUAGGAUUCAGUUAUUAAUUUUCAUUGUUACUUUGAUUGUCUCUAGAAUUUCAGCUCUGCAAAAAUCAAGCAGCCUGGGGAACCUGAAGAAAGAGCCAUCUGAAGUGAGUAAGCCUGCAGAGAAGGCAGAAGAGAGCAAGAUGCCUCCAGAGUACAGCAAAUACGGAACUCUCCCUCCUAAAUCCCCAGAUGACAGCGAUGCCUUCGGGACCCGUAAAGCCCGAUCUUCAUUCGGUCGAGGAUUUUUCAAGAUCAAAAGUAAUAAAAGGACAGCAAGUGCACCUAAUUUGGAUCGCAGUCGAAGUGCAAGUGCGCCCACCUUAGCUGAGACAGAAAAAGAAUCCUCAGACCACCUGGAUCUGGCUAGUUUGCCUCCCCAGCCAAAAGGUGGGCUUCUGAUUCCACCAUCUCCUGACUCCAGAAAGAAAACAAGAGGAAUCAAAAAGCUGUUUGGAAGGCUCAUAAGAAGUCAGUCUACUACAUUUAAUGCAGAAGACAUGCCAGAGACUGAGUUCAAAAGAGGAGGAAUAAGAGCAACUGCUGGGCCAAGACUAGGCUGGUCGAGAGAUCUCGGGCAAUCCAAUAGUGAUUUGGACAUGCCAUUUGCAAAAUGGACAAAGGAGCAAGUUUGCAGCUGGCUUCAGGACCAGGGCCUGGGCCCUUACAUAAAUAAUGGCAGGCAGUGGAUACUCUCUGGUCAGACUCUCUUGCAAGCUUCUCAGACAGAUUUAGAGAAGGAACUUGGAAUCAAGCAUCCACUACAUCGGAAAAAGCUGCAGCUUUCGCUUCAGGCAUUAGGAUCAGAAGAGGAGAAUAAUCACGGGAAGCUGGAUUACAACUGGGUUACAAGAUGGCUGGAUGAUAUCGGACUACCCCAAUACAAGACACAGUUUGAUGAAGGAAAGGUGGAUGGUCGAAUGCUUCAUUACAUGACUACAGAUGACUUACUGUCUUUGAAAGUUGUGAGUGUCCUCCACCAUCUCAGUAUCAAACGUGCCAUUCAAGUCCUCAGGAUAAAUAACUUCGAACCCAAUUGUCUGCGCAGGAGGCCUUCAGAUGAGAAUAACAUCACGGCAUCAGAGGUUGCCCAGUGGACUAAUCACCGGGUGAUGGAGUGGCUGCGGUCCGUUGAUCUUGCAGAAUAUGCUCCUAAUUUAAGGGGAAGUGGCGUUCAUGGUGGUCUAAUGGUGCUGGAACCUCGCUUCAACGUUGAGACCAUGGCACAGCUGCUGAACAUCCCACCCAACAAGACGCUACUGAGGCGACACUUGGCAACCCAUUUCAAUUUGCUAAUUGGUCAAGAGGCCAAGCAGCAAAAGUGUGAAGCUAUGGAAUCUCCAGACUAUAUCCUCUUGACAACUACAGCCAAAGUGAAGCCAAAGAAACUUGGUUUUGGUAGUUUUGGAAAUUUGCGGAAAAAGAAGCAGGAUGAUGGGGAAGAGUAUGUGUGCCCAAUGGAUUUAGGACAAGCCCCAGGAAGUGGAUCAAAGAAAGUGUUUCGGCCAGGUGUAGACAUCAGGCCAUAUGAAGAUGAUGAUCUGGACAGACUAGAGCAGAUGGAGGAUUCUGAAGGAACUGUGAGACAAAUAGGAGCGUUUUCUGAAGGCAUCAACAACUUGACUCACAUGUUGAAAGAAGAUGAGAUGUUCAAAGACUUCGCUACUCGUUCCCCUAGCGCCAGCAUAACAGAUGAGGAUUCUAAUGUGUGAUCGUGGCAUUGUUGGACACCAGAAUAAUAAUUCUCACUCUGCUGACAAUUCUCAUCUGUGGCAAGGACAGAAGGUUAUGUAACUUAAAAGUCAUUUUUGCUUCUGUUUCUUAGAAGUGACAUAUUUCAGGUGGGUGACAGGAAAAGAGGUGCCUAUUUGUUCUGAAGUUGCCAUAAGCGAAAACAAUAAACCUAGACCUCUACAAGUGGGUGAAAUGCAUAUUUUUCUCUAGUGUAGAAAUUUGUGACGUAUCUCAAAGCUCUGUAUUUAAUUACACUGUUGUCACAAUGCCCCUACACAAAGUUGUGCCAUAAGACAGGGGUGGCCAACGGUAGCUCUCCAGAUGUUUUUUUGCCUACAACUCCCAUCAGCCCCAGCCAUUGGCCAUGCUGGCUGGAGCUGAUGCGAGUUGUAGGCAAAAAACACCUGGAGAGCUACCAUUGGCCACCCCUGCCAUAAGAUAUAUCUGGAUAUCUCUUUUUUUCUGAAAAGUUGUACAAAACAAAAAUAAUCAGCUAUAGAUCUCUGGAACCAUUAUCCAUCAAAUGUCUAUCAAUAAGAAACCAAACUUGCUAUGUGUAGCUUUCCUGGUUUGUAUGAAUUGAUCAAAUGUUAAAUAGCCAAUUUAUGCAUUUGGUAUUCAGUGUUGCUUUACCAUCAAGUACAUAAUCCCUGAAAUCUAAAUUCCUGUUUUUAUACAAUUUUUAUUAAAAAUAUUAAAAAUGUAUCGAGGACAUACAACCGUACAAAGUUUUAUAUUGUGAAGCAAGGUAAUUAGGAUGACUUUUUUAAAAAAAAAGACAAUAUAUCUAAUUUGCAAACCAGCUGAUUAAUAAGAGGUCAGACUGCCCUUGAAACUAUUAGUCCUCCCCCCCUCCCCACAGUGAUGUGUGCAUUCUUACAUUAGGAAUGAAGUUGUUAGAAAGGAUGGUUCCUUUUUGCAGAAUCAAAAAGGUUUUUUUUCUAGCAUUACAAUUAGAUUUUAAUAACAUUUUAAAGUUUUGCCAUUUAAAACAGAACAGACUGAGGAAAUACCUUGGUCUUUGUGAAAGAGUGCCACCAAACAUCCUGCAGUGUAAGGUUUUUUAAAUCUAUGCCAAGAGGAAUAAUUGAUCAAGCUGCUUUUUUUUUUCCAGUAUUAAAUUCAAACAUGGGGUUCAAAUAAACCAUACUGAAACACGCUGCCAGAUUUUUGUGCUUGUUUUUAAUAAAAGUGCAUCAUUUUCUGGCUUUUUAAGUGACCAGACUUGUAAAAUUCAGUUUAGCUAGUGAAAAUGGUGUUUGCCAGGCCCUCUUCGUCUGCAAACUCCAUCGUUCCUCCCUCUGAAAACCGGUUCUGUUUUGCUGCUUGCUUAAAAUGCUGAUGUUGCAGAUGGUGGGAAUAUACUGCUUGACAGGAACUGUUCAAACUUUCGGAACAGUGGUGUUUGAACAGUGCUUGGAAAGGAAAUUGAAAGAAUUUUUCAACGUUUGUCAGAAUUUUUUUGACAUGUGCUUUGGAUACUGCUUGUAAUUCUUGCCCCCGUCAAGCCCAGAAUUCACAGAAUUGGCACAGAAUUCCUGGAGCACAGAAUUCCUGGAGCUAAACCAUUUCAAACUGUAGACAAAGAUUCAAUGUUGGAAUUAUUCCCCACAUAAAAAUUACUCUACCCAUAAAAAUCUGGUUCGUCAAAGAGAAGUAAUGAGCCUAGCCUUCUCAUAGAAAAGCUAGGUUUCUGCUUGCAAGACGUUUUACACGAUGAGCAUGCAAACGUGAUCUUUUCCAGUCUGAAGUGGAACUCUGUUCAAAAUGCCUAGAUUGGCCCUCCGUCUGACUUUCUAAGCUGAAACUGGCCCUUAAAUCUGCUGCUUCCCAUAUUGCUUUACAUUUGUCAUAAAUUGUCUUGAAAUGAAUUUAUCCUCUGUUCUCUCAAAGACUGCCACCAGCAUCUGUAUCUUUCAUUUUUUUUUUCCAGAGGGCCCUGCCAAUAAAACUGUAUUCAGGGUCAGCUGUUCAAAGAGGUCCCCACAGAAUUUAGGUGAGCACCUCAUUCUGUGGACUAUUUUAAAAGAAUGCAGGGAGUGCCAGUGAGUAGUGGGCAGGCCUUAUGCUGGCACUAAAUAUGUGUGUACGAAUGAAGGUCAGCUUCUCUGAAUACAUCCUGGGGUCUACCAACAGCCACAUAAGGCUAUUCAGCAUCAUUUUAUUUUUUUAAAAAAAUACUGCACAUAGCGAGACAUGUCAUACUCUUGGAAGUCAACCUUGUUGGACUGCAAACACUGGUCGUGUAAAAGAAGAGGUACACAUUUUAAGUUGAGAAUCAAAGGUGUGAGGUCUAAUGCACACAAAUUCAUAGGCGGAAACAUCGAUAGGAAUGUUUUUCAUGUAGUUAUAAUGUUGCACAUAUGACCAACCAGACUUCUCAUUGUUUCUGAAAACUGAUAUUAGUGGAAGUUAGUUCAGACUUGGGUGAUCAUUUUUCUGGUUAUACCAGUCUUUCUUUUCAGUUGGUCUUUUAUUGUUUCUGUGGGGCUGGGGAAGGGAAGACUAAUAUAAAACACUCGUAAUUAAGCCAAACAGUUAACUUGAAUGCAUAUGCAUGAAAUAUUUUCAUGGUAUUUUAUUUGGUUCGGUGCGUACAAAGACGUCUGCAGAGAACUUAUAUGUAUUGCCAAGUUAAAUAAAUAAAUGCCUACUCAGAAAUGUAAAA